AUGAGGCUUAAGAACAAGCAUUCGGAUUCAAAAUCCACCAGGCAAACAUGCACUUAACGCAGAAACGAACCAACACACACAUGCACAGACACACACAGACACACGCACACACUCGCACGAACGUCUUCUCGCCCCGCAGCACCGACAGUCUGAGCCACCCAUCCAUGGACACACAUCCACAACCGCGCAGGACACACGCAUGCCUUCCCUCCCUCCCUCCCUCCCUCCCUCCCUCUCGCCCUUUCUUGUCAAUCACUCACUCACUCACUCACAGCCUUUCGACCUCCUGUAUGCCGAGCAGGUCGAGUCCCACCUGCAGCACCCGCUCCGUCACCUCACAGAUGGCCGUACGCGACGCCCUCACCGCCGCGUCCUCCACGUUGACCACCGGGCACGUCUCGUAGAACUGGUUGAACAGCUGGCUCAGCUCAAACAGGUGCUCGCACAGCUUGUGGGGGUACAGCGUGUCCGCCACGCCCUGGAUCACACGCGGGAACUUGAGCAGGUGGCGCAUCAGGCUGCUCUCGGCCGGGGAGGUCAACACCAGGGCGGUGGUGGUGCUGGUGGGGGCGUCCUUGUCCAUGUCCUUGUCCUUGUCGUGUUGUUGUGUGUUGGCUUGUGCCUUUCUUCUGAUGCCCUUGAUACGGACGAGGGCGUAGAGCAUGUAUGGGGCGGUGUUGCCCGUCCUGCUCAGCAUCUUGCUGUAGCUGAACUGGUAGUUGGACUCACGAUUCAUCGACAAAUCCGCGUACUUGACGCUAGCCAAACCUGACGGACACAGCACACAUAGCACACGAAAGACGCAAUCAGACGGAUGAUCUGUGAGCGUCUGCGCCGGCUGCUGGUGAGUCGCUUACCGAUGACGGUAGCGGUGCGUGUUCUUUCCUCGUCGGGCCAUGGCUGGGCCUCGCUGUCCUCCUUCUGCCUCUCCUGCAGGUCCUCGUCGGCGAGACGCACCGCUUCGUUGAGCAGAUCACGCAGCUUGACCGUGUCGCCCGAACGCGUCUUGAACUUCUUGCCUGCACCACAUCAUCACCACACCACACAGACAGUUAUGUCCAUCGAUUUAUGCAUGGGUCUGUCUGUAUCGACUCACCGUCCUCCCCCAGGACGAGUCCGAACGGCACGUGUGUGAGCUUGGCUUUGUCGUUGGCGAAUCCGGCCUUCUUGGCCACCUCGAAGACGGAGCUGAAGUGGGACGACUGCCCCUGAUCCACCACAUACAACACGCGAUCCGCACGCUCCGUCCACACCCUGAGGGAGGAAGGGAAACCCAAUGCGCAAACAGGCAGCAAAGACAUGUAUGUGUGUGUGGAGUGCAGGAGGGGUGCGGGAUGGGAAAGCUUGCCUGUGUUUGAUUGCGGCGAGGUCGGUGGUCGAGUACAUGAAUCCUCCGUCGCUCUUCUGCACGAUGACGGGUGGGCGGCCGGACGAGGAGCCGUCCUCGUUCCUGGGGUCCAGGAAGACGCACUUGGCCCCCUGAGACUCCUCGGAAAGCUUCCUGUCCUCCAACUCCUUGACCACAUCUGAGAAAAUAGCCACAGGGGAAGGCGAUGUAUGCGUGGUGGGUGGCCGUGUGGUAUAGUGUGGUGGGUGUGUAGGUGCGUGCAUGCGCCUACCCUUGAGGAAUGGGUUGUAGAAUGACUCGCCCCUCUCCUCCAGCCCCUGGAUGCCCAGCAUCUCGUACACCUCACCAAACUCCUGAUCGAUCGAUCGAUACGUGCACAGCACGUCCGCAAGACCAAUCAGAUCACAUGCAUCAGCUGUGGAGUGCGUCCUUCUCCCUCCCUCAUCUCUGACUCUGCUGCCCUGCCCACUCACCUUUCGGCUGAUGUCACAGAGGAUGCGCCAGGCCUUCAGAGAUGCCGGGUCGCCAGACUGCAGCCUGACACAUACAUACACACACGCACACAGCAGGUGCACCGACCCACAUUGGCCGGUCAUGUGCCCUCGCUCACUUGACGACUUCAUUUCUGCUUCGCUCCUGGAAGGCCUCGUCUUCGUCGAAUCGCUUCUUGGCCUCUUUGUAGAAGGCUACCAGGUCAGAGAUGGCCACGCUGCUGGCCGAGGCGCCCUCCUGCUCGAUGACGUCGGGCUGCACGUCCUUGAGCUGGCUGAUCAGCAUUCCAAACUGAGUGCCCCAGUCGCCCACGUGGUUCAGACGCACCACGUCGUGACCGAGAAAGUCCAACACUCUGCGUGAGCCACACACAAAUGUCCAUUUCUGUGUGUUGAUGCGUGGGUCAGUGGGCUCGUUCUCUCACCGUGCGAGUGCGUCUCCGAUGAUGGUUGAUCUGAGGUGUCCCACGUGCAUCUCCUUGGCGAUGUUGGGACUCGAGUAGUCGAUCACCACACGCUCGCGGGGACUCGCCUGCACAAGAAGCGCAAGUCACUCGACGUCCUGCUGCUGUGCUGUGCUGUGCUGUGCUGUACUGUCGUGUUUGCUGCUCACCGUUGGGAUGGCGAGUCGUCCGUCGCGGUCUUGGUGCAUCCUCGACAGCUCACCCAACACCCAGCUGUCGCUCAGACGAAAAUUGACAAAACUGACCGUUUUUCAACGACACACGAGCGGUGAGAGGCAAAGCAAGUGUACUGUGCGUUGCCCUUCUCUCUCUGCUCACCCAGGCCCGGCAAUCUCAAUCGGCGCCAACACCUGCUGGACGGCUGGACGGCCAUACAACGCGUCGGAAAACCUGAAGCCCCAACCGGCAGGGAUGAAUAUGCGAUUGCUCCUGCUGUGUUGACAGAGUGCUCACCUUUGCGCCAGGUCCCUUGGUUUCGUUUUGAGUUUUUUGGCCAGCACGAGGGCGACGUUGGACUGAUAGUCGCCGAACUCGGGCCUGGUGGCCUCGGUGAUCAGCCCCGCCGACACAGCCGACGUCAGCGCAUCCUCAGACACGCUGAGGUCCUCACGCAACGUGGUCAGGAUCUGCCAAUCAGCACCACACACGGGGCAGAGUGAGUGCAUGUUCAGCGCAUCGAUGCACUCCUCUGCAUACCUGUUGCUCGAGCCAUGGUACGAUGUUGGCGGCGGUGGCGCCUUCGUCGGUCGCCCCGUUGGACGCCAUCACAGCCACUUCCUGAUCAGCCACACUGCUCGCUGUCGAUGCCACACUCGAGGCGGGAAGAUGCCGAGGAUCAGAAGGGCGGACGGGGGAAGGGGAAAUCACUGAUGUGAAGGUUCGCGCAGGGGGAGAAGGAUGCCACUUGGGUCUCCCCACUCGCAGAAACGGUACAAAUGCUCCUGAACGACAGAACACCACAGCAGAAAAACCUCUCGUGUGCUGUGCCUUGUCUUAUCAUGUGACUGGAAACGGAUGAGUGCAGUGGCGCUGGCUUCCCCACCUGAAGAUCUCGCUGAUGGCGAUGGAUGCUGUGUGCGGAUCAGUCGUCUGGAUGCCUCACUUGUGAUGCAGAAGCACAAGCGACACAUCAAAGUGGUUGUCAGCAACAGCAGCUCCAGCGAACAAAGCAGAUGCAAAGGCUGAAAUGUUAGUGUUGGCUGCCAUCUUGCAGGCCUCACCAUCACAACCAAACUGCAUUCCGCCAC